CUUUUUUAGCCUCGCCUCCCCAACAUCCCGCUUCUGCCUCUCCUCGCCAACCACAAGAACCUACCACCCCGACCUUCAACCUCUGAAUACCUAGACUACCUUACCUUCUCCUCGCCCGCCGUCCCUCCUGUCACCACGAGGCCGCAUCCCACUCUCUUCCUGUCGCCCCUUCCGAGCUUGCUGCCUGCGAGCGUACCAACGUCGCAGCGUUCCAUCGCCUCGCCCAGAGCGCACCGACUGACCUAGGCUGCGACCAGCUGAGAUGGACUAAGACAGUCCUCAGAUCGGGUCUCGUAAACCGCACAAUACUUGGAACUCUACGGGUCACAUUGCAACCCGUUUCAAUCGCACUCACAGUCCCCUCUGUUUUUCUGGUCUCGCCCGCAAAACACGUGCUGCCGUGUCUGCACCGAGAUAGAGAGACACACCCAGACUCGAGCCUGUUGCCCCUCCACCAAUCGCACCUCGGGCUUCUGCACCUACUCUGACGACUCCACCAUCCCACAGCAACGGCCCGCCUCCAGGCCACCUCCAGGCCGCGCCCUCCAGAUCGCCCUCUUGCUCCAUGCAUACGGCAUUCCGGUGACUUGUUCCCGGGCUGCUAGAGGCAUCAUUACCAUGGAGCCUGUCCCGGAGACUGAGAAACUCGAGGAGUUCCGUUCAGGCCCGCUCCCUUCUCUACGACUGCAACAUUCCAACUACAACCCACAACCCCUGACCUCUGAGCCCGAGUCCCCGAGGAAGCCUCCCACCAUGCGUCGCUCCACCGACCCUUCACCUUCCUCGCCAAUCUCCCCUACGUGGAACGCUGCUGCGCUGCCAUACCGCCCGCGGACGACCUCGCCGUUGUCAGGCAACCAUGUCAGGUCCAAGUCUGCCGCCACUCUGGCACCCCCUCCCAUGGGCCGUGCCCAAUCCCUGCCCGGCGUGAACGGGCUUGGCCAUAUUCUCAUACCACGCCCUCAGAGUCCGAAGGGCUCGCCACAGCGACAGCGGUCCUUGCGGAAGCCAGUCGACGAGAUGUACCCUCCCGUCUCGCCCACACGCACAUCGGUCCUCCCUGAUCGCCAGCUGUCGGAGAGGAACAGCUCCCCCAACCUUGGAUUCGGCACGCCCAUGAUCCGCCAGCGUCCCUCCUCGCCCCUCCGCCAUCUCCCGAGCGCCAGCACGAGCUCAUUGCCUGGAUCUUUCACCUCAUCAUCUAUUACCUCCUCCCCGGUCCAGCGACCUUAUGACCUACUGAGCGACAAGGACGGCUACUCGUCCUCUGGUGGCUAUGCUCCGUCCUCAUCUAUGCCAUCCACGCCGAUUUCCAUGAGGUCUCGAAGCCCCAGCAUCUCGAGCCUGGAGACCAUCCCGGACACGCCUGAUGCCGAGGAGGCCGCACUCGAGGCGGACAGGAUUGCCCAACUCAAAGCCGCUGCUGAUGCUGAGGACGGUGGUGAACCCAAGGGUCGCAGCAGUCUGGAUGCUCCGGUGCGCGGCCGCACCCUGAGCGGGUUUGGGACAAGAGACAAGCGGAAGCGGUGGAGCGUCUGUGGCGCCGAGAGGAGAGGAGAUCUGGACCUGGAGACCAUCUGGGAAGACUGAUGGUGGGGAUGACUCCGGUCUGUGACCAUCCCUUUUGGUAUCGCCACUUGUUCGGCGAGGGGGCUUUCACUUGCGAGCCGGGUGGCUAUUCCUUCCGCCCUUUCCCCGGCUGCGGCGGAAGGAACACUGUAUAAAAUUUCAGCCGGGAAGCAUUCUAGGGCGUCUUUAGGAAGCAAGGCAUUUCUGCAUUUGGGAUCACGCAAGGGGACUUCAGGGGCGUUUUGAGUGAGCCUGUUUGAUACCCUAUCGCAUCUAUUCUUUGAUCGAUCGACCGAGGGUGGGUCUCACAUCUCGGGCUGUACUGUAUGGCAACCGUUCUUUUUCUUUUAGGGAGCCUUGUACGAACAAGCGCUAGGUCAAUCAAGGGCAACCAAAUUCAUCAUGACUCUGAACCAAGGCGGUAUCCCUGAUAUCAAUGGCCUGGAGACCUUGAUUGGAAGUGUGAAGUCAAAGCGGAGUUGUCAGGACGGCUUGCUGGCCUCACGAUGGGGCGAUGCCGUGGUGUGGUGGUUCCUCCCUUGCUGAUAAAGUGUGCUCCCCUUCCCAGCCUCGCAGGGCCGUCCGCCCUCGCAUGCCAAUAAUUGCCUGGUUAGGUCUGAGAAUACUAUCCCUUGGCAAACGGGAAUCUAGAUCUCGAUAGAUCUUGUUGAGUCUCUAGUGAUGAGGACAUCUAUAAGACUCGAGGUGAAGCUUGAGAUGGCAGAGAUAG